AUGUUUCUUGUCGACGUCUCGCCUUCCAUGGGGAAGACCAGGCGUGUCAGGCUUCCAGGGGCAAGGAGUGGGGGGCUAGAUCCAAUGAAGAUGACAAAUUUGGAAUGGUCCUUACAGUUUGUAAUGCUCAAAAUUCAGGAAAUGAUAUAUAAUGGCAGGAAGACCGACCAGUGUGGUGUGAUACUCUUUGGCUCGGAAGGCACGUUUUAUCAUCCUGCAAACUACACUGAAAACAUCAUCAACAAGAAAAAUGGCGGGUACGAAAAUGUCUUGGAGUUCAUACCAAUAGCGCAACCAAACGCUGGUACACUUGCGAAGUUAGCUACUUUGCAACCUUCAGAGACUAUAGGAGACCCCAUCGACGCACUAAUCGUGGGGAUCGAAACACAACAUCAAUAUUUGUCCUCGAAGAAAACAUGGACUCGUAAGGUGGUUCUCCUCACGGAUGGCGAAAAUCCCAUUGAGAUCGAAGAUUGGGAAGCUAUCGUUAAGAAGAUGAAUUUACUUGAUAUUAGCCUAACGAUCAUAGGUAUCGACUUCGAUGAUGACGAGCUUCCAUUUCACGAGGAGGGUAAAACUAAGUUCAAGCGUGCCAACGAGUCCUUUUAUCAUACGUUUGUGGAGAAGUUACAAAAUGGAGUUGUGGGAAAUUGUAAUUUCGCGCUACGAGAGCUCGCGCGUCCAGAUAUCAAACAAACUAAGUCGACGCUGAUGGGAAAUGUCCUUCGGAUAGGUGAUGUUGAUGUAUGCCCAGAAGAAGCAGUUGAGAUCGUGGUAAAGGCGAGCAAAUGCACUGCAGUUACUCGACCUAAAAGCUGGAAGAAAUUUGCCAAGCGCGAGAGUGCAGAGGGUCAACAUGAUAUGCGUGUCAACGAAGACGAGGAGGCGAAGGCAAUAUAUGCCCAGCUUCGCAUGCGUACUGAAUACUAUAUCGACCAGGAAGGCGAGAUGGACGACAAUGCUAGCAUGGAUGGUGAUCAAGACGACGACAGUGGCACCAAGUCCAAGACUAUAGAAAAGGUCGAGAAAGAACAGCUCGUACGCGGAUUCAAGUAUGGGUCAUCCUACGCGCCUUGUCCAGAUGGCCAAUUUCCGCGGCUCCCGACACGCAAGGGCAUAGAGAUUUGUGGAUUUUUCCCAGAGAAAAGGUUCCGCCGCGAGUACGCCAUGUCUGAAGUGACGUACGUCUGGGCUGACCCGGUCCAGCCGCUGCAACAGGUUGCACUAAGUGCUGUCGUGCAAGCCAUGUAUGAGAAGGGUGCUUUUGCGAUCGCUCGAUGGAUUGCUCGGGACGGUGCGGACCCGAAGAUGGGCGUACUGGUACCGACAAUGUUUGAGAAAGUCGAUUGUUUGUUGUGGGUCCAGGUGUGCAGGUUAUUCUAUGCGUACACGACUCCGGAGAGCUUAUCGAUUGCGAAGAUGCCGUUUGCAGACGACGUUCGCAACUUCGCGUUCCCGUCCCUGGAUAUGUUAAUAAACAAGAAGGGCGAGAUUAUUGCUACUCAUCCUUACCUACCCACAGAAGACCAAAUGGAUGCUAUGGAACGCUUCGUGGAUGCCAUGGACUUGAUGGAGGCAGGCGAGAAAGACGAUGAAGGCAAUCGGACACCGUGGUUCGAUACCAGACUGUCGUACAAUCCUUCUAUACAUCGCGUCAAGCAAGCCCAGUUUCAUGCGGCCGUCGUCCCCGACCUCAAUACACAUCCGCUCCCUCCCACUCAUCCUGAACUCACCAAAUAUUUCGACCCACCACGACGUGUGCUGAAACGGGCUCAUGAUGCAAUUGAUGAGUGCAAGCGGGUAUUCAAAGUGAAAGAAGUUCCAAGGAAAGUUGUCAGAGUAAGAAAAGAUGGACACGUCCGUGCUCGAGAUGACGACGACGAUACUAUUCUCUUGGACAAAUUUCCCCAACACAAGCAGGCUCAGACUCAGGCUCAGGCUGCUUCCCAGGUUCUAGCUACUACCCAACACACCGGGCACGAUCGGCAGACACAUGUCAAAGAUAAGAAAAUCAACGUGGAUGACAGCGAGACCGAAAGUGAAACAGAAGAUGAAGAGGAGCUAUUGCUCGACAAGACGCCGGCUAUGCUGCCGACGCCAGGUCCGGAUCAAGACACAGAAUCUGGGUCAGGUCUUGCUCCUGGUAGAAUCAUUGGUUCGACAUAUCCACUUGAGGACUUCAAGCAGAACAUUGCACAAGGUGACGUAGUGACCAAAGCGGUAGAGGAUCUUGGAGUGGUCAUCAAAGAGGUUCUGCUACGACCAUUCGCGUCGAGACGAACGGAGGAGAUGCUCCAAUGCAUGCAGGAGUUGAGAAAGGUGACGCUAGAGGAAGACGAGAUUGAUGCAUGGAAUGCCUUCUUGCGAGAUCUGCGAGAUGCGUGUGUUAACGAGCAGCCAGGUAAUAAGGAGUUUUGGACACAGGUGCAAGAGCUCGGCAGGGAUAUCAGUUUGAUCAGUCAGCCCGAGGCCGCAAAACUCGGAGGCAAAUCUGACGUAUCCGAGUUGGAGGCUGCUCGAUUCGUUUAG